AUGGCUGGAACUCAAGACCAGAGCCACGACUACUUUUCAAAACCAACUACUCCAUCAACACCAGGUCAAGCCCAUCUUGGCAAUGUCGCGAAUCGCAUUCCCAGUACUAUCCCAGACAGAGAAUCAGGAACAGAACGUUCCAAGUCAACACACUCCAGACAUCGUGUACUCCAUGGCCUACCUUCAACUUUCAUGUCGUACAUGAGUCGACGCCCUGUUGCCUCCUCAAGGGGCUUCUCCCGGAUGUCCAGCGAAGGGACCGCCUCUCGUCCUACAGCACCACAACAUUCCUCCCAAUUUCAUCACUAUGCCCCUGCCGAAGAUGGAUACUACCAAGAGAAUCCAUGGUUCGGCGAGGCAGAUAAGAAGCCCAUUUUCAGCCUUGGAAAGCCUCUGCCUCACAAGGUUCGUCGCAAAGCUUUAAAACCAGUCAGACCCGAUGGAAAGGUUGAUGAGGAAAUGGCCAUCGUAAAAGAGGAAAUUACCAACGAACCUCAUCCUGGUUAUGCCUCACGAACUACUUCUGGGCAGCCUUAUCGAGUUGAGACUCAGAGUAGCCUUCCCUCACGAGAUAUACAGCGCCAGCAAACUCGAACUACAGCGGCCGGGGUUGCUCACAAUGACAGACGAAAUGACGCUGGCCAGCCAGUCUUUGAAUACAUCCCUGGCGAAGCGACACCAACACCUGGACAUCGAGACCCCGCUUCCAGGGUGCAAUCAAAGCAGGAUAAUGGACAUUCUCCACCAGAUUUCAAGGUUGAUGGUGAACCAUUGGGACACCAAGAAAAGCCUUGCGUGGAAUCUGGUGAUACGGAUGCAGAUGAGAUGAGGAACUGGUGGGCAAGAUUACGUGCAAGGCAUCCUGAACCACUUGCUGAGUUUCUGGCUACCGCGGUGGCCAUCUUUCUCGGUCUCACAGGCACACUAUCGGUUAACUUGUCGGCCAAACAAUCACAACCAUACGGAACAUAUGAGACUUCAUGCUGGGCUUGGGGUUUUGCCUGGAUGUUCGGGAUUUAUCUCGGCGGUGGUGUCUCAGGUGCUCACAUGAACCCUGCCAUCUCUGUCUCACUGUCCAUAUUUCGUGGAUUUCCUUGGAAGCAGUGCGCCAUCUACGUGUUCGUCCAGUUUAUCGCCAGUAUCGUUGCUGGAGCAUUAGCUUAUGCCAUAUACGCUGACUCGAUCAACUACGUGGAUCCCGAUAUGACCAAGAUGUCCAUGACAUUCUUCUCCACGCCUCGAGAAUGGGUCACGCUCAAGUCGGCCUUUUUCAACCAAGUCGUCGGCAGCGCGAUCAUGAUGAUAGCUGUGUUUGCCCUUGGAGACGACCAGAACAAUCCGCCCGGUGCUGGAAUGCACGCUUUAGUCUUGGGCUUCCUUGUGACUACUCUCAAGUUCACUUUGGGGUACAACAUUGGAUCUGCGCUAAACCCUGCGUCUGACUUUGGGCCGCGAGUCAUUGCUUAUGCUGUUGGAUUCCGAGGAGACAAUGUAUUUCAUAGCGGGUGGUGGUUUUAUGGGCCGUGGGCGGCGACUUUGAUAGGAUCUUUACUGGGCUGUACUUUGUAUGAUGGCUUUGUGUUUGUGGGAAGUGAGAGUCCAGUCAACUUUAGGGUGGAUAAGAGGGUUAAGAAGUUGUUCAAUUAG